GCAGGCGUCGUCGCCUCGCUGUCCCUGCACUCUGAGAGUGUUCUGUGGAGAGAAGAGGAGAAGGAGGAAAUGUGAAGGGAUGGGGGAGGCUAGAAGGGGUCUGUAUGCUUAGCUGGCGAGGGGCGGUGAUUGGAGGAUGUUGUUGGUCCAUGUGGAUGGGUGAUUACGAGGCGGGGAACGUACGUAAGGGCGCUGUGCGCAUCCAGUCGCUUCCAACGCUCGAAUUUCCCGGCGGCCCUUCAAAUAUUUAUUCUCCUCACUUUCCGGUUUGUUUUCCUCCGAGUCAGCCUUGUUUUGUCUUGUCGUGCGCUCCAUACCAACAGCUCUGUGCCUAGCUCGACACACUCCGACUCCGACGACGCCCCCAAGCUUACAGCCUGCCCUUUUGUCUUUCGCUCUCCAGAUAACUCACCAUAAAUACUUACAAGACGAGUCCUGGUGGUAGGACAUGCAGAACGAGUAGUCGCGGGACCGGUGUCGAGAGCAAGCCAUCGAGGACAAGGCGGCGCUUCGUCCGAGCGGGGUUUAGUUCGCCAGCCAAUCUCAAUCGCAUCGCCAGAUCGCGCUCCUCAACUUUCUACUCCGACUCCGUCCAACACCUUAUAACAUCCCCCUUUUUUUCCAUCCCCGCUCUCUCUCUUCUCUCCUUCGUCUCCCACCACUAACAACCCUACGCUCCUUCGCGUCCAACCUCUCAACUCAAUCGCAUAUGGCCAUCGAACUCGACCCACGAGCGUCCUCCCCAGACUCGGAGGACGACUCCCCUGGGUACCACACCCCCUUCCUGCCCUACCCCGACCCCAUCACUCUCUCCUUCUCCCAACACGACAUUCGUUUCCCGACCAACUACGUCCCCCCCGGCUUCGGUCCCCUCAUCAGCCCGGCGAACCCUUCCUCUCUCUCUCUCGCUCACCAAGCCCCUGUGCCAACGACGACCGGUACGCAAGCCUUCGCCUUCAUGAGUCUCGGCCAACCACCCUACUUAGACCCGGCGUGUUCUAUCGUGAUAGGAACGUCGACCGCGCCUGGACCGGUAGGCCCUGUCGAUGAUGCGUAUGAAGUUCCGGCUAUCAAUGGCAAUGGGUUCGAUGGGUUCAAUGCGUGGACCCACGAGCCGCCGAUCUACGGUGGUUCGUAUGCGCCUGCGCCACCCACUGGCACCGUGCUGGCGGUACCUUCGUUGCAUUCCCAUGGAGAAGUGCUGCCUGUUUACAACGGUUCUGCCGCUUCUGGCCACCACCACCACCACCACCACCAACACCAUCCUACCGACGAGGACCCUGACUUCCUCAUGGCUGAUUUCUCCGCCGACACCCAAGACGACGACGAGGAGUCAGCCUCAGCCUCCGACAACGACGACGACGACGCCCACUCCUCCGACUCUUGCUCCUCGUCCGACCUGACGGAGAUAGGCUCCGACGAGUUCGCGCCUUGUUUUGAGGAGCGCGCUAGUCGGUUAUGGCUUGUCGGUGGAGGGGGUGGUGUUGCUGGAGGGGGAGAUGUAGCAGGACCCGGGUUUGGACGAGGGGCAGGAGGUGUAGGAGGUGAUGUAUUCAACGGAGGGCCGACCUACGGGUAUGGUCAUGGCCCUCUCUUCCAUUCUCAUGGUACUUCUCAGUAUCGAUAUCCGUUGCCCGUUGAUGGUCCUGAGCAGCAGCGUCUCGACGCACACCUCAAGAUCCACACCCUCGUCUUCGGAACGCUCUAUCACGGGCCCGUCGACGAGGUUCUUUCCUCUCCCUCUUCCUCCUCAACUGCAAAUUUCGCCUCCAUCGACACGCCUUCUCCGACGACGCGGAAGAAGAUGGUCGUGGAUCUGGGGACGGGGACUGGGAAGUGGGUGAUGGCUAUGGCUGAGAAAUUUCCGCACGUCAAGUUUCGCGGAAUCGAUCUCGCGCCCAUCGCGACGCGAUAUCCACUCCCGAACGUCCGCUUCGAGAUCGCGGACGUGACGGAGCCUUAUAGGUUUGCGGAGGGCAGUGUGGAUAUGGUGCAUGCGAGGGUUACUUUGUUGUCGUCCCACGCAUACACCUCCCUCCUGCACAACACCGCCCGCGUGCUCCGUCCGGGCGGACUCUUCCUCUCUUACGAAUGGGGGCUUUAUCCGGCUUUGCAUCCUGAUCAUCCGUAUUCGGGGGUCAACUCUGACUCUGACUCCAACUCGUACGCUAACAACACCGCCAACACCAACGCCAACUCCAGCGCCAAUACCAACGGUGCAAAUGUCAACGGUGCGAAUGGGACACACGGCGUCGGAGGUGUUAGUGGGCAGACGGUGGAGAGCUGGAUACCGGCUACGACGAGGUUUUUUAAGUAUUUCGGGGAGGGCGUGAACGGUAAAUCCCAACCGACCCUCGCCCUCGCGGUCCCUAACCUCAUCCGUUCUCUCGGACCCGGCGUCUUCAGCGAACCGCACACGGAGAGGUUCUGUUUUCCGAUUGGGAGGCCGUGGAGGCGGGGUGAGGCGUUGGAGGUUGAGGUUCCGAGGGCUCAGGCACGCCACGGCCACGACGGACAUCCUCAGGCUCAGGUUCAUCCUCAGGCUCACAAUCCAUACGCGAACGCACACGCGCAUCCGGACGGUGGAUUCAACAAUGGACAUGGACACGGCCACACACACGGACACGGACGUGAACGCGCUCACGGCCCCCCUCCGUUCGAUCCCUACCCACUCACAGACCCACCAGGUCCCUAUCCUCAAUUCUCUCCCUCUCCACCUCCCCAAUCACAAUCACAAUGGCAACCUGACCCGCUUGAACCGCGACCUGUGCGACCUCGUUCGCCUUUACACAGUCCCAAUAGCCCCGGAAGCGAUGGUGGGCGUAGGCCGGAGACUGAGACGUACGGCCUCGAGAUCAUAGGGGACGCAUUCAGAGAGAUAACGCGGGGUUUCGCUCAGUCGCUGGCUACCGUUGAUGAUCUCGAUCGACAUGAUUCACGUAUCGCACACGGGGGAGCAAUGAGUGAGCCGGAUGAUAAUCGGAGGAUGCAAGCUGCCGUCGCUGCUGCCGUUGCGGCUGGCCGUGGUGGUGGAAUUGGCCCUGGAGGUGGUGGCGCUGGACCUGGAGGCGGAGUUGGAGGAGGAGGAGGACCUGGAGGAGGAGGUGUAGGUGGUGCUGGUGGUUGGGGAAGAGGUGCAGGAAGGAGGUUUGGAGGAGGACGGGGAGGUGUGCCUGCGAGGUUGGGGAGGGAGUUUAUGGAGGAGGUGGAGAGGAAGCCGGGAAUCGUGGCGGUGUUGCAUGUUUGUUGGGCGAGGAGGCUUUGAACUGAGGGUUGGCUUGGAAGUUGGUUGGUUAGCGUUGGACUCGGAGGGGUGUCGACGACGGCGAAGUUUGGUAAGAAGUCGGUGGGUUGCAGAGCGAAACUGAAGAUGGUGUUUGCGCUGGAGAUGGUGGAAAGUUGGAGUCGAGGGGGAAGUAGGUCCGAGAAUACUUUGGGUGUUUCAGAUUUGGAUCAAAGGGAAUUGCUUGCCCUUUUCCCCCUUUACUCUUGACGGCUUUACACCCAUUCUUUCGUUCGCUUGCUCGCUCGUUGUUUUGGAUCUUUGCUGUGAUAUACUUUCGCUUAGUUUCGUUCUGUCAUUACUGCUGUACAUACUUACGCGGGUGGUGGUCGGAUGACGGUUGGAUGGUGGACGGUUCUUCGUUGAGGUAACGUGUGGCUUGGUGUAGCUGGAGGGUGCGGGGCGCUCUGCCUGUAUAUAAUGUACGACCAAAUUAUUCGCACAGGCUCGACAGUCAGUCUGUCCCUUGGAUCGGAUGUCGAGUUUGUGCGUGCUUUAUACGUU